AUGGCUGUGUCAAACAUCUUCGAUGGAAAUAUAUUACAUUACUCGCACUUUUAUCCAGGUAUAUACGCUCUAUUUGCGCCGCCGUGUCAUCUGUUGUGGCUGACCCACAAGAAGAAGAAGCUAGUAAAGAUCUUCCGAACAAUAAUCGCUAUAGAGGCGGUGACUGGCCAUAUGGCACCUGAUCCGAGUAUCCAUAUCUCGUGGGCAUUAGUUGUGAUAAUGUUCAUCCACUUCACAAUCUACGUAUCCUUGUUAUUACCCUCAGGUUCCUUGGCCAGUAACACCCUGAAGACCAGAAGUGCAGCUCCUGCUAUGAGUUCCAUCAGAGUUGUGGACCCUCCGCGCCGUGGGUUGGACGAGGUCAUCGGGAAAACCUUCAAACUGAGCCGAUUCCUCUUCACGUUCCCUUUCGACUUCUCUAGGGACUACAUAGACGUUUCCUACAAGCACUUCUUCCUUUCACUCAUUGUAGUUGGAUGUAACAGUACGGUUUCGAUUCUGUUCGCAAAAGAUAUUGUCAUAACAAUACCAGAUCCGAAAUUAAUACAAUCCUCCUUUUAUUUUCCAAUAAUAUUCACAGUGAUACCAGUCUGUAACUUGGCUUGGCUGUUGUACAGGAAGAAAAAGAUAGUCGAUUUCUUCAAAAUUAUUCGAAACGUCGAAACAGUGACAGGAUAUUGUACACCCGAUACGGGUACCAAGAUGAUAUCCCUCUCUGCUGUACUGUUGGUGUGCAAUCUAAUUGCAUUUCACCGAUUUACGGAAGUCCAUUUUCUCGGAGCAUGCAUGCUAAACCUUUCCAUAUUAUCAUUCGCGUCGGUCCUGGCACAGUUCAAAUCGCUCAUCAGCGCGGUGAAGAGCCAGUACCAGCACAUCCUCGACACCUUGGACCACGGCACCGCCGAGAGGUGGUGCUGCUGCCGCGAAGAGCUCGGCAAGUGCUGCAGGGACAUAAGCGUUUGCUACGCUCCUCAGUUGUUGAUGAUAGUAACUACAAACUUCGUUGGCAUUGUUUGCAACGCCUACCACGUUGCCGUAUCUGCAGUGAUUCAAUCCAACUUACUCUUUGCGGUCAUGACUAAAUACUUCCCACUCUGA